UCCAUGAAAGGAACGCUGAAAUCAACCUGCAAAACAAAUGCAAACAAAAAUUCAGAUACUUUGAACGUCAAAUGACAUAUCCUUCAAUUUCUGUGUUUCAAACUCGCUGUUAAUCAUGGCUCAAUUGAAAUACGAUGUUGCCGACUACGACUUCUUUAAUUUACUAACAAAUGAAUACUAUACAAGAAAAAGGGUUGGCCGAUCCACGUUCAGUCGACGACUUCUGUCAAAACCCGCGUUUCGCAUCUCGCAGCGAACCGAUUUUAGCGCGAAGCGAAAAUUACGGAAUCACAGCGAAAUCGGUUACAAACGCGAGCCGAAGCAAUAUUGGUCGCGAAGAAUGUAUUUCAUUUACUCAAUGUUAAUGGGUAAUGGCGUCGAUGGUCUCCCGCAAACAAUACGAAUAACAUUCGUACUAUCCGGAUUUGUUUUCUUAUUGGUUCGGUUCGUAACGAUUUUAUUCUUGUUGCUGCCAAUCAUUGAAGUUGAAGUGUUUAUGGGCAAGUACUCAAAGCUGUCAAACGGUCAAAUGUAUAGAAUGUCUCCACUUGCAUACGGCCUGUCAGUUAUGAAUUUCCUUUUUAACUACCUCUACGUUCCUAUUUUAAUGACCGAAGUGCCUUUAUUUCUGCUUGCUGCUAAUCGUUUUCUUAUUCAACCAGAUUUUAUGUAUGAUUGUACGCACAUCACUAAUCCUGAAAUGCGCCCUUAUUGUUACGAUCACAAAGUAAAUGGUAGUUUAAUUGAUGACACGUGUGUACACUCGUAUUUUUCUUUGAAUUGUACAAAAAAUGGACGUAUUGCUUAUGUGGCACAGUUUUAUUUCUGGCGUGAUUAUUAUGAUUUCGACGCAACAAUUACUCCGGAAGAUAAUACUUCAUUGCCUAUAAUAUUAGUAUGUUGUGUAUCUUGGUUUAUCUUAUUAAGUGUCGUUCUCGGGGGCAUGAAAUGUAUAGAAUGGCUUUUUGUGAUAAGUUCCCUACUCUACUCUGCAAUAAUCUUCUCAAUCUUCGUGAUGGUCAUCUAUACAGAUGGCGCCGAUGAAGGUCUGCUACAACUGACUACUUUGAAAAAAUGGCCGUCGUUCCGAACGUUCGGUAUGAUGGUCACGCUGACGACGAUUAAUCUCAAGCUCAUUAGCCCGGUUGGACACAUGACAUUCGCGGCUUUCAUCAACCCGAAGGACGAAAAACAGCACAAAACCGGUGCGUGUCUGUUUGUGGAACUUCUACAUCUGCUCUGUGGAGUUGUGCACAUUGUGAUCGUGGCAAUGAUCGCCGGUGUGUUAUCCACACUGUACGGUGUUGACAAUGCAGUCGACAUGUUUGUUCCACGUGCAGGAAUGUAUUAUGCUAUGCUCGUAGAAUUCCUACACUAUAAAAAUGUAUCGAACGUGUUUAUCAUCUCAUAUUUCAUGUCACUUUGGUGCCUAGAAAUGUCCAAACUAGCAAUAGUGGUUCAUUUUCAAAUUAUCAACUUGAUAGACUUUUUUCCAUCGGUUUUUCCGUAUCAGAACUAUGUUAAAGUCGCAUGGGGAUUGGUGUCAUUCAUUAUUACCAUCGCAAUGAACAACAAAUACGCAUUCUGGUUCCUGCCAACUUAUCAUAUGGCAAAUGUAUGUUUCAUCGAACCAUUUCGACUGUGUGUUUUAAGUUUUAUCUUGUUUUACGUCUACGGAAUUAAACGAAUCGAAGAUGACUUUUUGUUUCAAACCGGAAGAAAUGUCAUCAAAUUUUUAAAAGUCAUCUGGCCGCUUUAUCCAUUGUUUUACGCGACCUUGUUUUCCUCCAUGGUUUAUACAUCGUUGAGCACACAAGAAGGUACUGGCUUUGAAUUAGAUAUGCCUUAUAAUCAUCGUCACAUGAUUAUUGCCUGCGGAUUGAGCAUUUGCGCUAUUUACAUAUACGGCGCUGGAUGUUUAAAUUACAUAUACAUUCUCGGAGAAAUUGGAUCAAAUACGUCAAUGCCAAAAUUAAUAAAACCUGACUUUCAUUGGGGCCCUCAAAAUCCCAGCAGACGUCGAGAAAGGAAACAAUUUGCUCCGCGGAUUAAAAUUCGAGCCUCACGAAACCGCAUACGUCUGCAACGCUUUCGCAAGGAUUCGAUACGUCAAAUGCACGAACAAGACAUUGCUGAAGGCGUAAAACGUGGCCGAUUGUUCAUCGAUUCGGACUUUUAUACCAACUGCGCGCAAAGGAUCAAUACACAACCAGCGAAACCCACACGCAAAGAGAUGCUAUUAUGA